UGAUCAAAUUCAAAUGAAACCAAAUUGCUAAGAAGCUUCAGAUCACUAAUACGACGACGCAUUACGGAACUAAGGGUUGUGUUGUGUCGUUUCGUUUUCACUCUCACGUUCUCAAAUUUUGUUUGUGUAUCGCAGGAAUUAGGAUCCGUUAUGGGGUUCUCUGUAACCACGCUAAUUUUCGCAGUGGUUGGAAUUGUGGCGUCCCUUUGUACCAGAAUUUGUUUCAACAGAGGACCUUCCGCUAAUCUAUUUCACCUAACUUUGGUUCUUACUGCAACAACAUGCUGCUGGAUGAUGUGGGCGAUUGUAUAUCUAGCACAGAUGAAACCGCUCAUAGUACCUAUAUUGAGUGAGGGUGAAUAACUUUCUGUAUAAACAGAUGCAACUCUUAAGAAUGCGAAUCACUAGUUGGACGCUGGAGAGGAGAUGAUUUCAGCUCUCAUAAAUCAUUCAGUAUUUUCUCUGGCUGGAUCUGUAUGUAUUGUUGUUGGAUAAUGACGUUUCAAUUGGAUCAUCUUCCAUUGUGGGCAUUACCCCAUGUUGUUACAAUUGUUGUAUUCAACCCUUGUUCGUUCCAUAAGUAUUUUGGUUAAAUAAGUUGAUACAAGAAAAUUAUAUCUUGGUUUUACUAUAUUAUAAAAAAAAUAAAUUGAUGAGAGGGUUUUUUCAUGCAA